GGUCUGACGCAGCAGCAGCAGGAGCAGCGCGGAGCCUCCGGACACUGAUGAGAGGAGAAGCGCCGGAGAAACGGUGAGGGAUCCCGGCCAGCGAGAGGAGCGAGCCCCCGCGGGGACCCACGACUAAACGGCACAGGAGAGCCAUUCAGAAGAGCCGGGGAUCAAAGGUGAGAAGAGCAGAGGGCACCAUGGAGAGUGAGCCGGGGGCCCCUGCCUCCACGGCUAACAGCACCGGGACCGCCACUUCCUCCACCACCACAGCUGUCAGCAGCAGCAGUAGUAAUACCUCCAACACUACUGCUACUACUUCUACCACUUCCGCCAGUAGUAGUAUUAAUAAUAGCAGCAGUAUUAGUAACACUACCAGUAGUUCCGGUAGUAGUACGACAACAGGAAGACAGACAGUGCCUCAGAUAUCUGUGUACAGCGGGAUGCCUGACCGACAAACAGUGCAGGUGUUUCAACAGGCCCUACACAGACAGCCCAACACAGCAGCACAGUACCUGCAGCAGAUGUACGCUGCCCAGCAGCAGCAUCUGAUAAUGCAAACCGCUGCCUUCCAGCAGCAGCACAACCUCAGCACCGCUCAGCUCCAGAGCCUGGCCGCUGUACAGCAAGCCAGCAUCGCAGCUGGACGGCAAAGCUCUUCACAGAACGGCACUUCAUCUCAGCAAACAGGAUCUACUCAGGCUACGAUCAACCUGAGCACGUCCCCGGCGGCAGCUCAGCUGAUCAGCCGGGCCCAGAGCAUUAGCUCCACCCCCACCAGUAUUUCCCAGCAGGCUGUUCUGCUGGGCAGCUCCUCCAGCCCCACACUCACGGCCAGCCAGGCACAGAUGUACCUGCGAGCACAGAUGGCCCAGCAGAAUAACCUGGUGCAGGUGGCCAGGAGCCUCGGCCGGGCCGUCCCUCUGUCCCCUCAGCUGAUCUUCACCCCAACAGCCACCGUGACGGCUGUCCAGUCAGACGGCUCCUCACAGGCCUCCUCACAGAAUCAGGUUCAGAACCUUGCCAUCCGUGGCCAGCAGGGGGCAGCCACGUCUUCCUCACAGGCUCAGACCAUGCAGGCUCUCAGUUUGAAGCAGAGCCCUGUGCCCAUCCAGCCCACCCCACUCAUCAAGAAUCCUAACCAGGGCAUGCAGGUCGCUGCAGGAGGGAGGACCAGCUCCUUAGACAGCUCCUCUGAAGGAGGGAAGAAGGGCGAGAGCACAGCAGUCACAGAAGUCCGAGCCAUUAACAUGAGCCGCAGUGUGACGGCUGUUAGUGCUCAGCCUCUCAUUGCCCCAGUCUUUUUCGUUCCAGCGUACACCCAGAUUCAGCCGCAGUCCCUGGUUCAGCAGCACAAGCAGCUCCAGCAGCAGCAGCAGUUUGUCGUCCAUCAGAGUCCAGGUUCCCAGAAGACGGCGGGUCAGCUGCUGCAGACGGCCUCCAUUCAGCCGUCGCAGCACCCGGUCCCUGUGCUGCCCAAACCGGCUCCACACCAGCCCUCCAUGCCCAGCCAGCAGGCGACCAUCUUCCACUCCACCAUCAGCCCCCACGCCCUCCACUCCUCCCUCAGCCACGCCAAAGCUCAGCCCGUCCAGCUCACCGCCAUCAACCUUCAAAUACAGCCAACAGCUUCUCGGCUGCUUCAGGACAAUAAAGACAAGCCAACCUCACUGGUGGUCAGAGAGACGUGUCCGGCCCCGUCCGCACAACAACCGCAACAACAACAACAACAACAACCGCAGCAACAACCGCAACUACAGCACCAACCGCACCAACCGCACCUACAGCACCUACAGCACCUACAGCACCUACACCAACAGCAGCAGCAGCAGCAGCAGCAACAACAACAACAACAACAACAACAACAACUGCAGCAGCAGCAACAACAACUGCAACAACAACAACAACAACAACAACUGCAGCAACCUGCACCCAUACCAUCACAACCUGCCAAGCCUGUAGAGCAGCCCAAGGUCGAUACCGUUACACCAGCUGUUCAGCAACAAGGAGGGGGCUCGGCCAAGAAGCCGUCCGCUGCACCUGCGACUCCACCUCCAGCCAUGACCUCAGGAAAUGAGAGCGAGGCGCCCAGCGUGACAGGCAGCGCGCCGCACAACGGGGAGAACAAACCGCCCCAGGCCAUCGUCAAGCCCCAGGUCCUCACACAUGUCAUCGAAGGCUUUGUCAUCCAGGAAGGCGCCGAGCCGUUCCCGGUCUGCGUGGAGCGUCUGCCGAUUCUCAUCGACAGCCCAAAGAAGCUGGAUCAUCAGCUCUCCUCCGACCCCGACCAAACUCCAGUCAGCAACGCAGCAAACACAGACUCCGAGCCGGAGGACAUGGACCAGACAGACAAAGAACCAGAGCCGAAGCUGACGUGUGAAUACUGUGGCUGGGUCGACUUUGCCUACACCUUCAAGGCCUCGAAGAGAUUCUGCUCCAUGGUUUGUGCAAAGAGGUACAAUGUGGGCUGCACGAAGCGGAUAGGCCUCUUCCGUCCAGAGAGGAGUAAACCAACCAACCGCUGGCGACGAAGAUCUCAGGGUCGUUCCGGUGUAGAGGCUAAGAAGCAGAAGCUGUCCCCGUCACCGCAGCAGACACAAGGCGGCUCCGUGUCCUCGCCUCAUCCCUCGCAGCCCAGUCAGGAGGAGUCCAGCCCGUGCUCGGACAUGUCCAGCUACGAGGAGCCGGCGUCUCCCCUGUCGGCAGCCAGCUCGGGGCUCCUGGCUCCGACCCCGGCCCCGGCUCAGGUCCCUGUUCGCCGGCAGCAGAGCCGAGCCUCGGAGCAGGAGGGCGGCGCUGGGAGAGACGCACCGUCACUCUGUCAGCGGUUCUUACCCAACGACCCCACCAGGUGGAAUGUGGAGGAAGUUUAUGAGUUCAUUUGUUCACUGCAAGGUUGUCAGGAGAUCGCGGACGAGUUUCGGUCUCAGGAGAUCGAUGGACAGGCCCUGCUCCUGUUGAAGGAAGACCACCUGAUGAGCACCAUGAACAUUAAACUGGGGCCUGCACUCAAGAUCUUUGCACGCAUCAACAUGCUUAAAGACUCGUAGCAGUGAAAGGAAUGUAUUGAUCCCAGUGCAUCUUCAUCUGUGUGCGUGAGGGAAUGUGUGUGUGUGUGUGUGUGUGUGUGUGUGCGUGAGUGUGUGUGUGUGUGUGUGUGUGUGUGAGUGAUUGUGUUUGCGUGUGUUUCCCUUGGCACAGGGCAGAGGAUGUGUCACUGUAGCACUGACGACACAGAGCACUGACUGCACUGUGACCUUCUCUCCACAACUGGACUCGUGCUCUUGAUUCAGAAUCUCACUCUAACUGGACCCGACUCCUCAAACUGCUCAUGUUUAGAAACCGUGUGACUGUUGGAACUGGAACCGAUGGUGUUUUCACCACCAGCACUUCAACACCACAUCUAUUUACGAUGCAUUAAUAUCUCGAACCGAAACCAACCCUUCCUCGGGCACAUCCCCCCCCCAGGCAAGAUGUCGCCUGCAUUUAAACACACUACACAACAAAGAAACAGCCAAACAGCUGACUAGCUGCAGCCACGGUGACAGUUGUGCCAAAUUAUACAGCGUGGAUUAUUAUAUACAUGAGUAUAUGAAUAUACUUGAUGUGGCUGAUAUCUGAUCCAGAUACAGCUCAAGGCAAGGUUGGAAAAUGUUUUUUUUGAAACACCUUUUAUCUUAUUUGUUGACAUUCUCUUCAAGUCCUGAUAUCCAUCAACAAACAAAGUUCUCUUCAACAAAAAAAUAAACGACGUCACCCUCACAGAAUUAUAAAAAAACACGACCAGAAAUUCAUUCAUGCCAAAUGAAAUGAUCGGCUGCUGUGCCUGUUUGCACUGCAUGGCCUUGAGUCAAGUUGGCUAGUGAGUCAUAGAAAAGUCGGGGGGGGGGGGGGGGCCUCCUGGUUGAAAAGGCGAGUUGAUGGAUCACCCAACUAAACAGACGACUCAGACUGCUUUCACGUGCCUUGCUGUGCAUUAGCGUUCUAAGAUCUGAUCCCAAUGCAGGUUGAAUUAAGAUAAGAGAAGCACUUACUGAUACCAGGUGUGGACGAAGGCAGCGGCUAACAGGUCUUCAUCAAAUGUCUUCAACCUGAUCACACUUGUGAACACAGAUCACAUGAUAGAAGCAGGUGUAAAUAGGGCAGUUAAACCAAGUGGAGACAUUAAGCCUGGAAGAACAAGAGGUGAUGAAGUGUACGACAAAAUGUUCAGUUGUGUGUCGGUUGGGUCACACAGAAACACACUCAUUGGCGAAUUGAGGCAUUAAGACACGGGAGUGAAAUCUGGAUUCAUCGUUAUGUUAUUAGAAAAGGUUAUUCGUACAGUUUUGUUAGCGUGUGAAUGAGAGAGAAGACUCUGGGCUCAUCUACUAAACAUGUUGAUUUCACCUAUCUGUCCGGCCUGAGCGCUCCUGCUUCAGAAAGUGAACUUCACCUGUAUUAUGAGCUUUUCUCAUGUCCUGCCAUCUUCUCAAUUUCAUCGGUUGUUAUUUUUGUUUUACCCCCAGCAGUCACUUUCUCACAGGUACUCUCAAAUGUCGCGUUUCUUUGAGCUGUAUUAAUUUGUGUUAGCUGUAGCUCAACGACCGGAUUGUUUGACUCUUUCACUAACACCUCCAAUUCCAUGGCAUUCAAUUUUCACUUUGCGCUUGUGGUCACUCUGCUCUCCAGUAAAACCAGUAACGCCGGCCAAACACUCCUUUAAAUACUACUGCCUCGACCAUGAUUGCACCUGUUAUCAUUUGCGCAAUUAUCUUUAGUAGCUAACCUGCAAAAAACGCCCCCAAACCAAACGUGUGCAAUCUGUUUGAAUGCACACUACGCACUCUUUAUUUGGGAUCUUAGUGGAUCAGGCCCGGUGUGUGUUAACUUGCUCAUUCUAAUUCAGUAGGUGUCCCUUUGCCUUUUUCUCAGCAGCACUCCCACUGUUCUGGAAUAUAAAGCUUGAUGCAGUGAAUCGAUUCAAGCAGCUUCUUUUGUGACAUUGAGUUUUCUCAUGAGGAAAUUUUCUCCCAUAGAUUCAAACUGCUUACGAUUUGUUUUUUCAUAGGACUCUAAGUUAUCUAAACAACUAAUCUGGGUGUGCUGCGUCCUGCACAUCCCUGCUCUUGGCACUUAUUUUCUUUUUCAUUUGCUUUUACGGUUUUAUGAGUCGUGUCCGCGCACUGACUCAAACGAGUGUACUUGUACAUAGCAGCUCAAGUGAGGAAAGAGACUGUAACUAAGUGUGAAACUGAAAUUUUUUCUAAGUUAUCCUUGUUAUUUUAAAACAGAAAUUUAUUGGUGUUUUAAUAUUUUGAAAUAUGCAAAUAUAUAAAUAUGGCCCCGGAGUUGUUUUUUAAUGCUUUUAUUUUCCUUUUCUAAUGAAAAUAUGUUCAUAUCUAUUUGUGUUCUGUGGCUGUGAUGGAAGGUCAACUUUUUUAGAUAAUGCUUUGUUUAAUGCCCGUAUUUAUCGAAAUGGUUUGUUACACAACAUUUUGCAAUUAUAAAUCAUUUGCAGUA